GUGUCGUAAAGUUCUCAUGGCAUUGCUUAUAUAAACCACAGCCAUGAACCCCGACUAAAUAUAUAAUUUUGAACCUAUCCAUGGCUAACCAAGCUCUGACGCCACCACAAACAACACCGCCGCCGCUGCCUCCUUCCCUACCACAGCCAGCACCACUGUCCCCUUCAUUACCACAGCCAGCACCACCGACCCCUUCAUUACCACGGGCAGCACCACCGUCGGUAACAAAAAAAUCCCUAGCAACUAGUGCAGCAAAUCUAUCAAACCUUUUACCAACAGGAACAGUUCUCGUAUUCGAAACCCUAGUUCCUUCGUUUUCGAAUAAUGGCGAAUGUUUUAGAGCAAACAAGUACCUGACCUUAGCCGUAAUUAUUCUCUGUUCACUAUCAUGUUUUCUCUCCUCAUUCACUGAUAGCUUCAUCGGCAAUGGUAAGCUUUAUUACGGUAUUGCAACCUUCAAAGGCUUGUAUCUGUUUAAUGAUUGCGAUUCCUACGACGGAUGUGGAGAAGAAGAAUUGGAACAAGAUAAGAUUAAGAUGGAUAACUUUAAAAUCACUUUCAUAGAUUUUGUUCAUGCAUUUUCGUCGCUAAUGGUGUUCUUGGUUUUUGCUAUUAGUGGGUCUAAUGUUCAAUUAUGUUUCUUCAAUGAAGCAGGACCUAAUGAGAAACAACUCAUCAAAAAUUUGCCAUUAGGAGCUGGUUUAUUCGGUAGCUUUUUGUUCAUCAUGUUCCCAACUAAACGUAGGGGAAUUGGUUACGGAGAUAUCACUGCCCCGGCCUGUGAUCGUUAGUAGUCCAUCCAGCUUAUGGUCAUAAUAGUGAUUUCAUCUUUUCAUGUAUCUGGAGAACAUUAUCCUUUGGUUAAAAAAAAAAAAACUGGAGAACAUUAUUAUCUUUUUGAAAACGGUAUGCGAAAAGAGAAUGGAGCCAUUUUAUGUCAAAUUUAAAGAUAUAUUUUCUGGAAGUGGUCGAAGCGAAUAGCUUUAAAUGCUUCUUGCAUUGUAAAUAACUAUUUUUUCCGCAUCGAAAUAAAAGAAAUAAUAUGACUUCUUGCAUCACAAAUGGUAAUCUUUUCCGCAUCAAAAUAGCUCUAAAUGCUUACUAACAAUAUGUCAAUCUCGAUACCGCUUUGCAAUGUAUCAGAUAUGUAUUUACGAUUUAUCUACAAUGUAUUGGUCAUUCUGAAAUUUAUUUUAUUGAAAAUAAUCAUUUUGAAUUGCA